UGAGCAGCUAUCCUGGCCCUCUAGACCACCAUGGAGGGGACUGCGCUCUCUCUGGUGGCUGUCCUGGUGGUCUGCUUCCCAGCUACUUCCCACAGCCAACUCUACUCCCUCAUUACGCCUAAUGUUCUGCGGGUAGAGAGUGAAGAGAAGGUUGUGGUGGAGGCCCAUGGACUCAGCUCUCCAACAAAUGUCACAGUUGCUGUCUAUGACUGGAAGAAGAAAAAGAUUCUGCAUCAGGUCCAAGCCACUCUAAACCAAGAAAAUGGCAUGAUGGUGACUCCUGUCAUAAUGGUUUUUGCGAAAGACUUUGAGAAGGAUUUGAAGCAAAACCAGUAUGUGACUGUUCAGGCAAGCUGCCCUCGAUUCACAUUGGAGAAGGUUGUGCUGGUCUCCUUCUACAGUGGCUAUAUCUUCAUCCAGACAGAUAAACCCAUCUACACACCUGGAUCUUUAGUAAACUACCGCCUCUUUCCUCUGGGUCACAACCUGGAGCUUGUGAAUAGACAUGUGCUCAUUGAAAUUCAGACACCUGAAGGCAUUGUCGUCAACCAGAAUCCUGUCAUCUCCACUUCAACAAAUAUCCAUCCUUACAGGUUGCCUGAGACUGUCAGUUUGGGGACCUGGAAGAUCGUGGCCAAAUAUCAUGACUACCCACAGCAGACCUUCACUACAAAAUUUGACGUCAUGGAGUAUGUUUUGCCAAGCUUUGAGGUCUUGCUGGAAACAUCAGAGAAGUAUUUUUAUAUUGAUGCUGACAGGGAUUUCACCGUGUCUAUCACUGCAAGAUUCCUAUAUGGGAAACAACUAGAUGGUAUGGCCUUUGUCCUCUUUGGAGUGAAAAUCGGCAGUGAAAAAAGAAGUAUCCCAGACUCACUAAAGAGAAUUUCAAUUGUGGAUGGGGCUGGGGAAGCAACCCUAACAAGAGCCAUGCUAGAGAGCCGAUUUCGCAACCUCACGGACCUCAUUGGACAUUCCCUCUAUGUCUCUGUAACAGUGAUGACGGAAUCUGGCAGUGACAUGGUGGUGACGGAAAAAACUGGCAUCAGCAUUGUGACAUCUCCCUACGAGAUCCACUUCACAAAAACCUCCAAGUAUUUUAAGCCAGGGAUGCCUUAUGAACUAAUGGUGUAUGUCACCAACCCUGAUGGCUCCCCAGGUCCCAGAGGUGUCCCUGUGGUGGCAGAACUCCUGGAAGUUCCUGGAGUGACUGAUCGUACAACUACCCAGAGUGAUGGGACUGCCAGAAUGACCCUGAAUAUGCCCCAAGACAAGCAACAGCUGGGAAUCAUUGUGAAAACCAACCAUGAGAUACUCCUGCCUGGCCAACAAGCCAAUAAAACAAUGGUGGCUACAGCCUACGAACCCCAGGACAGUAACAGAAACUACCUCCACAUUGAGAUCCAGGCUACAGAGGUCAAAGCUGGAGACAGGUUACGCAUAAGUUUCAUCAUAAAGAAUCAAGCAGUACAGACUCCAUAUUUCACCUACAUAAUAUUGUCUAAAGGGAAGGUGCUCAAGGCUGGGAGACAGCCCCAUGCACCUGGGCAAAAUCUGGCAAUCGUAGCUUUGUCCGUCACACCAGAUCUCAUUCCUUCCUUCCGGAUUGUGGCUUAUUACCAAGUUGAAAACAGAGAGAUUGUAGCUGACUCUGUUUGGGUGGAUGUGAAGGAUACCUGCAUGGGAAAGCUGGUUGUGAAAGGAGCAUCUAGUUCAGAUGAUCUAAUUCAGCAGCCAGGAGCACCAAUGAAGAUCAAACUGGAAGGAGAUGUGAAUGCUCGGGUUGGUCUUGUGGUUGUGGACAAGGGAGUCUAUGUACUUAACAAAAUGUACAAGUUUACCCAAACUAAGAUAUGGGACACUGUAGAGAAGAGUGACAUUGGAUGUACGGCGGGCAGUGGCAGGAAUAACGUGGCUGUCUUCCAAGAUGCUGGGCUGGCCCUGGUGACCAGCAAUGGGAUUUCCACAACCGUAAGAUCAGAUCCAAAAUGCCCUCAGCCUCCAAGUCGCAGGCGCCGGUCCAUUCAGCUCAUUGAGUUUAAGGAAAGCAAAGUGGCCCAAUAUCAGAAUCGGAUCCUAAGGAAGUGCUGUGGAGAUGGCAUGCAUGAGAACCCCAUGGGGCACAGCUGUGAAAAACGUGCUGAAUAUAUCCUGGAUCAGCUUGCGUGCAAGAAUGCCUUUCUGGAAUGCUGCCGCUACAUCAGAGGCAUCCGGGAGGAGAGGCACCGGGAGGACGAGCUGAUUCUGGCAAGAAGUGACUUUGAGGAUGGGUUCACAUCGGAAGGAGAUAUCGUUUCCAGAUCUGAGUUUCCUGAGAGCUGGUUGUGGCAAACAGAAGAACUCACUGAAGCGCCUGACAGUCAUGGGCUCGCUUCCAAGACACUGAAUAUUUUCCUGAAGGAUUCCAUCACCACCUGGGAGGUGCUGGCUGUGAGCAUUUCAAACAAAAAAGGGAUCUGUGUAGCUGAACCUUAUGAGAUCAGAGUCAUGAAGGACUUCUUCAUUGAUCUCCGGCUCCCUUACUCAAUAGUAAGGAACGAACAGGUGGAGAUUCGAGCUAUUCUCUACAACUACGCUAAUCGGCCUAUCAAUGUGCGGGUGGAGCUGAUGUACAACCCAGCUUUCUGCAGUGCCUCCACUGCCAAGGAAAGAUACCAGACAAGAGUCUCCAUCAAAGGCCAGUCUUCCAGGGCAGUGCCAUUUGUGAUCAUCCCGCUGCAGCUAGGACUGCAUGAAAUUGAAGUGAAAGCUGCUGUCUGGGGGCAGAUGGUGUCUGACGGUGUGAGAAAGAAGCUGAAAGUUGUGCCGGAAGGGAUGCAGAAAAGACUAGUAGAUAUAAUUCAGCUGGAUCCAGUUACAAAUGGAAGCAAUGGAGUCCAGGAACUGAGAGUAAGAUCCCAAGACCUAAAUGAUAUUGUUCCCAACACAGACUCAGAGACCAGAAUCACAAUUUUAGGAAAUCCUGUGGCUGAGCUUGCUGCAGAUUCCAUUGACGGGACCAAGCUGGACAGACUCCUUAUUCUCCCUGGUGGCUGCGUAGAGCAAAACAUGAUGUCCAUGACCCCAUCGGUCAUUGCAACCUUCUACCUUGACAACACAGGGCAGUGGGAGAAGAUUGGGGUGGAGCGCAGGUCUGAUGCCAUCAAGUUGAUAAUGACUGGUUAUACAAAGCAGUUGACUUACAAGGAAGCAGACCACUCCUAUCAUGCUUACAGUAACAGCAAAUCUAGCACUUGGCUAACGGCAUACAUUGCUAAGGUCUUCGCCAUGGCUUACAACGUAGCACCUAUUAACAUAAAUGUCCUCUGUGGAGCUGUGAAAUGGCUGAUUCUGGAGAGGCUAAAACCAGAUGGCAUGUUCAGUGAAGAGGCCCCUGUAUCCAGCAAAGCAAUGACGGGAGGCCAUCAGUUUGGUGAGCCCAGUGUUACCUUAACAGCCUUUGUCUUGGUGGCAUUGCUGGAGUCCAGAGAGAUGUGCAACAGUCAAGUCAACAGUUUAGAGAGUAGUAUCACCAAAGCCAGUGAAUAUUUAUCCAAAAGGUAUGAUUCGCUGACAUACCCUUAUGCUGUGGCCCUCACUUCCUAUGCAUUAGCCUUGGCUGGAAAACUGGAAGAUGAAACAGUGCUUAUGAAAGCAUCAACUGAUGGAAAUCGGUGGGAAGAUCCCAGUUAUGGGACUAUUAGCAUUGAAAGUACCUCCUACGCCCUGCUUGCCUUACUGGCAAUGAAGAAGUAUAAUCGUGUGGAUACUGUCGCCAAAUGGUUGAUAGCACAGAAAUUUUAUGGAGGGACUUACGGACAUACCCAGUCAAUCAUCAUGGUGUUCCAAGCUCUUGCCCAAUAUGAGAUCGAUAAGCCGCCUUCUGAGGAAAACAGGUUGGAUGUUUCUCUCAUCUUACCACGACGUUCUCAUCCAGUUACUUUUUCAAUUAAUAAUCAAAACUCUCUGGUUGCCAGGACAGCAGAGACCAAGUGGAAUGAAGAUUUCAUUGUGAAAGCAACAGGCAAAGGGGAAGCAACUAUGACUGUCAUGACAGUUUAUAACGCAAAGCUACAGGAGGAAGCAGCUCCAUGCAGGAAUUUCGACCUGCAAGUUGCUGUUGAUGAAGUCCAGCUGAGUGAGAAGCAGAUGAAGGGGGCCCUGAGAGCAGUAAAGAUCAAAAUCUGCACAAGGUAUCUUGGUGACAUUGAUGCCACAAAUACCAUAAUAGAUGUCUCUAUGCUCACUGGCUUUGUAGCUGACUCUGAAGAUCUUAAGCGGCUCUCUGAAGGUGUGGAUAAAUACAUCACCAAGUUCGAAAUUGACAAUGUCAAGUCUGAAAGAGGGAACCUCAUCCUCUACUUGCACAAGGUCUCUCACACAGAAUAUGAAUGUCUGCAAUUCAAAGUUUACCAGUAUUUUGAAGUUGGUCUCAUUCAACCAGCAGCAGUCAAGGUCUACACAUACUAUGCCUUAGAUGACCAAUGCACCAAGUUCUAUCACCCAUCCAAAGCCACUGGCCUUCUCAAUAAAAUAUGCCAUGGUGAUGUUUGCCGGUGUGCAGAAGAACACUGCUACCUACACAGGACAGACUCCUCCAGCGUGGAUCAACGGAUCCAGGAAGCUUGCAUGGCACAAGUGGAUUACGUAUAUAAAACCAGACUAAUGAAAAUAGAAGAAACCAACAGUUAUGACAACUACAUCAUGACCAUUCUUGAAGUUAUUAAAGCAGGAAGUGACACCAAUCCACAAUCUAAGCCCCGGAGGUUCAUCAGCCACAUGAAAUGCAAGGAUUCUCUGCACCUGGAGGAGAACAAGGACUAUCUGAUCUGGGGUCACAGAAGCGACAUGUGGCCCAUCAAAACUGAGUUCAAUUAUUUUAUUAGCAAGGACACCUGGAUUGAGAGAUGGCCAAACGAGGAUGAAUGUCAGGACGAGGACUACCAAAACCUGUGCAAUGAAUUUGCCGAGUUCUCCAGCAACAUAGGAAUUUAUGGCUGUCAGACCUAGAUUCAGAAGUGAUAUUUGCAAUAAGUUGCUACAUUGCAUUAAGGUGCUUAUAUUAAGGUGGAUUUCAGCCAAUGUUCUGAAGAUGACACCCUCCUCUUGCUCACCCAAAUGUUCCAGUUUCCUAUAGCUUUUACAAUCAUGUUUACCUAAUAAAAACUUGAUUUCUCACUGC